AUGGAUGUAUGUGAGAUUAUUGCUUGGUGUAAAGAGAAGAAUGUUGCGCUUGAGAAUGCUGUUGUUUUAAGCAAUGUGCCACUGGACAUUACAGACACAGUUAUAUAUAGGGUGCUAGACACAGUUAAGGGAACUGGAAAGACAAAAGUGCAUGGUCGAUGCAGUGAUAAAACAGGUAGGGAGCAAUUUGUCUUAGUAGAGACUUCUAAAAAGGUUUCUGAAAUUUCUUUCCCAGCUUUUAUUGGAAUUCCUGAUGAAAUAGGCCCAUGGUCCACUCAAGUACUUAGUGCUACAUCCCCUUCAUCUGGCAGUAGUAAAGGUGAAGAGUUCCAUACUAAGCUUAUGUCUUUCUUGAAACAAGAGGGAAAAUCUUUAGCUGACAUACAGAAUGUAGCUUCCCCAGCUCUCACACUUAACACUGAGUUAGUUAGUGCAAUUAAUUCACUAGUUCAGAAAUGCCAAACUGCCUCACCAGUAGAAGCACAGAAUUACAGGAAACUGCGCACAUUUUCUGGACUGACUCCUACACCAAAUGGGAAGGAAGACUAUGAGGUAUCGGCUGAACACACUACACAUAUUCUCGAAGAAUGGCAGUGUUCUGACAAUGUGAAGAAACAGAGGCUAGUGGAAUGCCUUAGAGGGCCCACAGCAGAUAUUGUGAUGUUUGUGAAGGUUGAAAAUCCUUCAGCUACUUCUUGUGACUACCUGAAGGCUUUAGAUACAGCAUUUGGUCCUACAGAGAAUGCAUCUGAUCUGAUGGUGAAGUUCAGAAAUACCUUCUAA